AGUGUUUAGUCUUCCGCCAUGAAAGGGCAGAAGAAGAAGAUGACGGAGCGCUGAGUGAGGAAAACAUUGACGUCUUUGUAUUUUCUCCUUUUCCACGGACUCCCCCGCAAGAUAUUGACAUGCUCGAGUUAACGUUUAGCACAUAUAUUUACUCAAAUUUGCUUUAUUUUCCCAUGCCAAUUUAAAGACGUCUAUCAUGUUAAUUUCAGGUGCUAAUGGAAGCGAAAGAGGAACCGAACGAGGUGGAGGAGAAGAAACCUCUUCAUCAUCAUCAUCAUCAUCAUCCCAUCACUGUAGGAGAAAAGCCUCCGUCUCCCUCGCCGCCGGAAACGUCUUUUUCAGGAAACGUCAAAAAGUCCUUCUCAUGCCCGCAGUGCGGAAAGAGUUUCGCGCGUAAAGCGAGACUGGAGCGGCACAUCAGGAUUCACACCGGAGAGAAACCCUUCGCGUGCGCCGAGUGCGCCAAGAGCUUCGCGUGUAAAGCCCGACUCGCCAGGCACGCCAAAACCCACACCGGAGAGAAGCCGUUCACGUGCGAGUGGUGCGGGAAGAGUUUGGCGUGCAGGACGAGGCUAAAGAGACACAUGAAAACACACACCGGAGAAAAGCCUCACGCGUGCCCUCAGUGCGCUAAGAGCUUCGCGUGCAACGCUAACCUACAGAGGCACAUCAAACUGCACACCGGAGAGAGACCGCACGCGUGCCCGGAGUGCGGGAAGAGCUUCAUACGAAACGAGAAGCUCAGGAGUCACAUGACCAUCCACACCGGAGAGCGCCCGUACGCGUGCGACCAGUGCGAGAAGCGCUUCCGGCACAUCAACGGCCUCAAAGAUCACCAGCUCUCUCACUCCGCCGUGAAGUCGUUUAACUGCGAGCAGUGCGGGAAAGAGUUCAUCACCGCGUCCGCGCUCAAGAGACACACCAAAGUGCACUCGGGAGAGAAGCCGUACCUGUGCGCUCUGUGCGGGAAGAGUUUCGCGCGGGUGGAUUGCUUUAAAAGGCACCAGGAAGUGCACAGCGGCGUGAAGGAUCACGUGUGCUUCGAGUGCGGGAAGGCGUUCGUGACGGCCGACCAGCUCAAGCAACACCAGAGGAUUCACGCCGGAGAGAAACCGCACAAGUGCGCGCUCUGCGGGAAGAGUUUCGCACGCGUACCGCAGCUGAUCGCGCACGAGAACACACACCGCGAGAAGCCGCACCACUGCGCUCUGUGCGGGAAGAGUUUCAAGCAAGCGCGGCAUCUACUCGUUCAUGUGAAAAAGCAUCAUCCGAUCGAAACGCUGAUCGUGGAGUGAGGCUUUCCUAUGUCAUUUCUUAUCGUGUCACACUUGUGUAAUUAUGUUUGCGAAAAUGUGUGUAGGCGUAUAUUGUAAGGAAGCUCGUUUUCGCCACGGAAUAAAACAAUUUAGAAGAUAAUUGAAUCUCACAAUUCAGAAUUUAUUUAAAUCUCAGAAUUGCGAAAUAUAAA